AUGCCUGCCAAAGCUCUGGCUCUCUGCCUCCUGGGGCUGCUGGCCCUCUCCUCCGCCUGCUACAUCCAGAACUGCCCCAUCGGGGGCAAACGCGCCGUGCUGGACAUGGACAUCAGGAAGUGCAUGCCCUGCGGCCCCAGGAACAAGGGCCGCUGCUUCGGCCCCAACAUCUGCUGUGGAGAAGAGCUGGGCUGUUACCUGGGCACAGCCGAGAGCCUGCGGUGCCAGGAGGAGAACCUGCUGCCCACCCCCUGCCAGCCAGCCCACAGGCCCUGUGGCAGCAGUGGCUCCUGCGCCGCCCCUGGCAUCUGCUGCAGCACCGAGGGCUGUGUGCUCGACUCCUCCUGUGACCAGGACAUGCCCUUUGCUUAG